UACACAGUGAGUGACAGUGACAAUAUUUCACAGUACAGUAUUGUAUACUAAGACCUAAGACUGAUCUACUGCAAUGGAAAAUCAAGGUACUAUUUCCAAGAGGAACUAUUCUGCUCUAAAUAGUGCUGGCUCUGAGGAAACAGACUAUGAAGAACCACUUGUGAAAAAAAAGCUAAGAACUAAACUAGUUGAUCUCUUUGACAGAGCUUCAAUAUGUCUGAUCAAAUCACCUGAAGAUCGUAUGAAGAUAUAUCUUAGAAUCAAACCAUUUACAGCUAAUGAAGACUCUAGCCAGAAGUGUUUUGUAGUUGCUCCUGAUGAAAAUACUGUGAUUGCGACUGCACCUUUUAACAGUCAUGCUCAUAAAUCUAUGAAAAGAGGGGUGGGGAAAUCCUCUCACAAAUUUACUUUUUCAAAAAUUUUUAAUGAAGACACUAGCCAGGCACAGUUUUUUAAUGAAACUAUGCUUGAAAUGACUAAAGAUUUUAUUGCAGGACAGAACUCUCUAGUGUUUACUUAUGGAGUUACUUCUUCUGGAAAAACAUACACUAUUCAAGGAAAACCACAAGAUGCUGGUGUGCUGCCCAGAUGCCUUGAUGUCAUUUUUAACUCUAUUAAUGGUAAACAGAUACCCUCAAUGACACUGAAACCAAAAAUGUUUACAGAUGUUGUCAGACUUUCACCAGAAGAAAUAGUGUUGGAGAAACGGAUUAAAGAAAAAACUUUGAGACUUAGUGUCAGUGAAGAUACAGCUGUUAAAACACUUUUGGGGGAUGAAAUGGAAUCAGCUUUGUCUGACACAGCUCUUUCAACUAUAUCUGAUAGCAUUAGUGAAUGUGGUGAAGAGAUUCUAAAAGAUGUUGAGAAUCGUGCUCGAGAGUUGAUAAAAGUAGACGUGGACGAUCAAGGCAAAAUUUUAUUUGGUGUUUGGGUCAGCUUUGCUGAGAUUUACAAUGAAAAAAUAUUUGAUCUUCUGGAGCCAAUUCCAACAAAGAAAAAUGCAAGACGACAAGGACUUAAAAUAUGUGAUGAUAAAAAUGGCAACCCUUAUAUUAGAGGUUUAAAAGAAAUCAAUGUUGAAUCUGCUGAUGAGGCAUACAGAUUGUUAACUAUUGGUCAGCGUAAUUUACAAACUGCUUGUACUAGGCUAAAUCAUUGCUCUUCAAGAAGCCACUGUAUUUUCAAUAUUAAAAUUGUCAGAAUUACUGAUAAAGAUGAACCACAUAUCGCUAGAGUCAGCAUGUUAUCAUUAUGUGAUUUAGCUGGAUCAGAGAGAUAUUCAAAGACACAAGCUACAGGAGAUAGACUCAAAGAGGCUGGCAAUAUCAAUUCAUCACUCAUGACACUUAGCCGAUGUAUUGAGACUUUGAGACACAAUCAAAUGCAUAGGGACAAGCCAAGACUGGUACCAUUCAGAGAAAGUAAACUUACCAGAUUACUGCAGAAUUUUUUCAAUGGAAGUGGCAGAGCCUCCAUGAUUGUCAAUGUUAGCCAGUGUCCACAAAUGUUUGAUGAUACUCUGCAUGUUUUUCAAUUUUCUGCUAUUGCUAAACAAGUGAAGUAUGUGGAGCAGCCCCCAACUGAGCCUACAAAAGUAUUGAAAGAAAAGAAACUCCCUAAUGUAGAAAGAGGCUCAAUAGCUUGGGAGUCACCAGAAAAAGGUUUGCGUGAAGCUUGUAUUGAUCUGACUUUAGAGAAUGAAGAUAAUGAAGAUGAAGAAGAAGAAGACUCUGAAGAAAGUCAAGAAGGUUUGAAUAAAAUAAAAGAAAUGAAAGCUUAUAUUAUGGCUUUAGAAACUAGAAAUGAAAAACUUGUGGAGCUCCUGGAAGAAGAGAUGAAUGCUUCAUCUGAAAUGGAAAACAGAAUAAGGAAAGAAGUAACUCAAGCAUUGAUGAAGCAAGUAGUCAGCAUAGAAGAAACUUACAGCACUAUGUUAAAAGAGACUCGGGACGAAGGUAUUGAACUUGCUGAUGAACGUGUGAAGGCAAUCAUGGAAAUUUACGAAGAAAAAUUGGAGCGCAUCCAGAAGAAGGUUGAUGAAGAUGAUGAAUGGGUCUCAAGUCUUUUAUAUCUUCAAGAGCAAGUCAAAGUUCAGGAUAGGGAUGCACAAAUAAAAGAACUACAAUCACAGAUAACGAAGUUGCAAUCCAAGGAUUUGGAAAGAGAUGCACUGAUAAAAGAGCUCCAAUCAGAGAUCAACAGGUUGAAAUCCAAUUCCAGAGAUUCAAUUGUGGAUGACUCAAUAGAUUUGGGAAACACUGUUCUUAUAGAAACUUUAAGUUCAAAAUUAAAAGACAGCUUGGAUAAUUGUAAAAUGAAGGAUGAAAAAAUCAAUGAACUGGAAGCUUUGCUGUCUGAAGCUGGCGAUGACUACAACAAACAUGUGGCUGAAAUUGCAGAACUCAAAGACAUUAUUGACCAACAGAAAGUGUCAUUAGAGCAAAAGAUAUCAACUGUAGAAGAGAUGAAAAAAAAAUUGUCAGUGAAAGAUCAGCAUUGCACUGAGCUAACGAAAACCGUCGAGCUCAAAGAAAAAGAAUUUCAAUCACUUGAAGAAGAAUUAAUGAAGAAAAUUAAAUGUAAAGAUACCACAAUAACUUCUUUGGAAGAAGAAAUAAAAGAAAUGCAAGAUGAGAUUGAAAGAUUACAAGAUCAGAUGAGUCUAAUAGAUGAACAGAGCAAGUAUAAGAAUGAUUUAGACUCUUCAGUCCUCUCCAACAAAUCCAAGAGAAGUGAAUUACAACCAGCAAAAGUGACUGAAACAGAUUUGUCCAGUAAUUCAAUAACUUUGGAUAAAUUAUGCAAAGAAUCUAGCCCAUCAAAUGCUCAUGAAGAAAAAAUUGAAUCUCUUCUUCAAACUUGCAAAGCCAAUGAUGAGGAAAUUACAAAUAUUAAACAAUUGCAUACUGAACAAUUAGAAAGAAAUAAAGCAUUAAAAGCAGAAAAUGAACAACUGAUAACAGAAAUGAAAAACAUUCAAGAUCAGAUCCAAUGUACUACUGAAGAGUUGAAAAUUUCUCAAAUAGAAAAUAAACAGCUUAAAGAAACAGUUGAGGCCUUCAAUACAAAGGACAAAUUAGUUACAGAAAACCUAGAGAUACUCAAGAAAGAAAACUUCUCUCUAGUAGAAGAACUGAAAUCUUUGAAAACUGCUAAUGAAGAUUUCAAGAAGCUAAAGGAAUGUAAAAACACAGAUAGUCAGGAGUUACAGCCACAGAGCAUCAAGAACAUAGAGGAAACACAGUUAGAAGCUAGUAUCACUGACAUGGUGAAACACUUGGAGGGUAAACACACACCUUUGAUAGAAAAAACUACACCUAUUUCAGACAAGUCUAAGAACCAAAUAGAUUUGACCAAAGAUGACAAUAGUGAACUGCUAACUAAAUUAAAAAAUGCUGAAUUAGCCAACACAGCACUAAGAAGUAAAUUAAAGAAAGAGGAAGAAGAUUUUUUUCAACGGGAACAAGCUCUCAUACAUGGGUACACUGCUGAAAUUGACACCCUGAAAUUUGAAAUAGCCAAAUUAAAGACCAAAACAGAAGUUCCUAAAGCUAGGUUACUGAGGGGUAAAAGGAAAUUGGCUGGGAUGGAUGUCAGUGUUAGUUCAGUCACUUCAGACUCCCUAUGUGAAAGCUCUGAAAGUGGAAUAGACAUCAACAAGGAUGAAGAAAAUGUUUCUAUUCAGAAACAAACCAAUGCUGUUUUGUCCCAUGAGCUUGUUGAGAUGCAUUUGCAGCUCACUUCCUUACAUGCUGCUUACACAAAAUUACAAAAAGAAAAAGCCAAUGGCACUACAAAUAUGUUUAUUCAAGAUGUAGCCUUAGGUACACCAAAAAAUCGACCAUCAACAUUGGGUAUUUUCAGGUCUGAAGAAAAUGUAGCUGAUAGUUUAUUGCAGUUUGAAAUGGAAGAAUAUAUAAUUAAGAUGGAAGAUUUAAGAAUUAAAAUCAGCCAGCAAGAACUAGAAUUAAAAGAAUGUAAAAAAGCUCUUGAAAAUGAAAAAAUGAUGGCGAAGAAGAAACAAAUAGAGAGUGAAUCACACCAAAAAUAUUUAGAAGAACUGAAUACUAAGCAUGAAUGUGAAAAAGCUUUCUUAAAUACAGAGAUCAUAGAAUGUAAAGAAUUUAUUGUGAAAAACAAAACUGAAAUCGAAAAUUUAAAUCUGCAGCUAAAAAACUGUCAAGAUUUAAUCAACGAAAAAGAAGGGGUUGAAAAAUUACUUGAGGAAGAAAAAAAAUUAAGUUGCAAACUGAAGAAUCAACUGAAUGAGUUAACAGCUUACAAAGAUUUGGAAAAUGAACAAAAACUAUUGAUUCUAAAACUGCAAGAGGAUUUGAACCAGUCAUUGGCUGUGAAUGUUGAGAAAGAAACAAAGUUAAAAUUGCUCUUUGAGGAGGAAAAUUCUGCCAGAGCUCUUCUAGAUAAGUUACAGGAGGAGAAUACACAUCUGAAACAAGAGGCUGAACAGUUACAAAAUGAAAAACAGGAGUUGAAGUGCACAAUAGAACAGCUCAAUACCAAGGUCCAAGAACUUGUUGGUGUUCAGGAAUUAUUGUCAGAGACAACAGAGAAGUUCAAGAUGAUGAAUACAUCUAAAGAUUGCCUUGAAAAAGAAUUUAAUGAGCUCAAAUCUGCUCUUGCAAGCAAAGAAGAAACUGUCAAGAGACUAGAGAAUCAUUCUAAUUCUCUGCUAUCACAGCAGCAGCUAUGUUUGAAUGAAAAAAAUUCACAGUCUCAGUUUAUUAACAAUUUACAAAGCCAGCUGGAAGUCAUAAAGGCUGAGUUGUUAGCAAAGACUAGUGAUCUUGAGUCUUUGAAGAGCAAGUACCAAGAGGAAGCUGCAGAAGUAGCACAAAAACUUUUGGCCAUGGAACGAGAUAAAAAAUUGGCAGAGAGGAAAGCUGCAGAUGCUAAAGAGAAAGAGGAAGAGUGGAAAAUAAAAUGUCAAGGUUCUGAGAGAAAGGAGCAGUUGGAACAAAGCCUACAUGAACAACUCAAAGCAACAGCUAACACUCUAAAAAGACAACGGGAAGAAAUUGUUGCGUUAACUGAAGACUUAACAAGUAAAAAGGAAGAACUAAAGAGACUUCAGCAGGAAAAUGCCAGUAUCAAAGCAAAUGUAUGCUCUACUGAUGAGCUGAACUUGAAAAUGAAAGACCUGGAGCAAAAGUUUGAAAUGGAAAAAGAAAGAUUAACAAAAGAACAUGUUGAGCAAAUGAAUAGCUUGAAACAAGGGCUUGCAGAGGCUGAAGAGAUUAUGACGGAUAAUGAACAAAUAAUUAGUGAACAAGACGAAAGUAUUCUAAAACUUAAAGCUGAAAUUGAAAUGGAAAAAGAAAAAUUGGAUAAACUAACUCUUUCCAAAGAUCUAGAAAUAACAUAUCUAAACAAACAGCUAUUAAAACUUGAAGAAGCUCUAAAGCAGUCAGAACAGGAAUCUAAGGAGAGACUUUGCCAAGAACAGAUGCAGCAGAAAACAAGUAGAGAAAAAGAAGUCUUAAAAGAAAAGUUUCACAAUCUUGAAAAAGAAAAGUUAGCCCAAGAGUUCAAAAUUGAGUCUUUGGAGAAAUCGUUGAAAAGUGAGCAAGAAAGAGUGGAAGAAGCAGACAGAAAGUUGAGCUUUACAGAUAAGCAGAAAACUGAUUUACAGCUAAAGUUGAGUGAUGCUAAUAAGGAGCAUGAUCUUCUGAAAGAGAGAUUGGAAAGUCUUGUAAAGGAAAAAAAUGCAUCAAUAGAGAAAAUUGCACAUUUAGAGUUAGAGGUUAUGCAGUGGAAGAAUAUGGCCAAUAAAGACAUAUCACAGAGUAAUAGUGUUAUUGGAGACUUAGAGGAAGUCAAUAAGUUGUUGAACAAAGAAAUAGAGAAAUUAAAACAGGAGCUUGAAAGUAAAGUUGAGAUACAGAAAGAAGAUAAUAAAGUUAUACAGGACCAAAAUAAAGAACUUAAGAAACUACAAAGAUUAAAUGAAAGAAAUAGAGAGGAAAUGGAGCUUUGGAAAAAAGAGAAAGACAAUUGUGUAAGUCAACUGGAACACCUAAUCAAUAAAAGGCAGAGUGAGAACAAAUUACUUAGUCAGGAGAAUGAGCAGUUGAAAGCUGACAAUGCACAGUUGGUGAAGAAUGUAGAGAGUAUUACAAACAUGAAGGAUUCACUAAUAGCAGACCUGAGAAAAUCCAACAACAUAUUAUCUAUAGAAUUAGCAAAACUACAGGGUAUGUCACCACCACCCACAAUGUUAAGUCCAUGUAAUCUGUUGACUAAAAGAGAAUUCAUAGAAGACACUGAUACAACUGGCCAUAUUGAGAUUGAUGCCACACCACCAAUUGCUGCUAAGAAAAUAAAGAAACAUGGCAGUCUCAAGUUACUUCAAAGCAAUAUUUUAUCUUCUUCAAUAGAUCCAGAUAAGUCUUCAACACCCUUACAGAAGUCACUUAAAACUAUUGAGGAACUGACAGAGAAUGAAAUGUCCCCCUAUACACCAAAGAGGACUGUGAGUCCAAGUAAACAUUCACUGCAUUCAGCUACUGGGAAAGUUGUCGAGCUGGCCACUGAUUUUAUUUCUACUUUGACCCCAUCAAGCAGAUCAGCACGAAAGAAGUCAAAAGAAAGUAAAAAGAAUAAGAAAAAGAUGGCCGAGUCUACUUCCUUUGAAACUGAAUUAACUCCAAACAUCAAAGAAGAAAGUGAGAACGUACAUCCUUUUGGUACCAGGCGAUCUUCUAGGUUAAAAUGUAAGACAAAGCCAUAAAAGGCAAAACUAAUAGUGUUGUGAAACGUGCGUCUGUGUGUGAGUGUGGACUUGCAAAUUUCAGUGAUAGGCUUGUUGUAAAUAAAUUUCAUUUAUAAAUAGAAGUGUAAAUAUUUGUACAAACAUAAUAUUUGUCAAGUGACAUAAUGGCACACUGUUGUUCCUACAUCUGUUCUAUCAUUCUCUCAUUAAUUUCAUUCUUUCUGUCCUUGCUUUUUUUAAAUAAUUUCUUUAUAUCAUUUUAACAUUUGUAAAAGUAUAGUUUUGUUGAUUUAUAUUAAUACUUUAGAUACUCAUUUUUUUAUUUUAUGAGUAUCAUGACAAUUAUACUUUCAGAUCGAUGUUUUGUAUUACCUGUCUUUGCAUUAUAGUUUGCCUUAAAUUUCCACAUGGUGAAUUGCCUUAGUUGGUUCAUAUUCAACCUGAUAUGGUUUAUAUAUAGUUCAUUUGGUUUAUAUUUCUAAUGUUUGACAUAUUUAUUUGGCGUAUGAUGUAGAUGCAUUUUGAUUUGACUUUUUUUUUUAUAGAAUAAAUUUAAUACAAACUUAAAAA